AUUCAGAAGUUCAGAAGAAACCGUGAAUUAGGGAUGAGUAUAAUUACAGGACAAAUGCACUCAGAAAGAGACUUGCGACUAGGAGAUGCUCAUUGUGUAAAGUACUGUCCUUACCCACGCCCCGAAUCGCGGAUCAUGUGCAACAACAUCGUCAUUCCACACUCACAGGCGUUGGAGGGCCGGGUGGAUCCGAGGGAGGUCCCUGGAGUGAGGCUAACCCGACUCGGAAGCGCCCACUAUCCAGAGCUUAUCGAUAACAGAGUACUUCUUUGAAUCUCGACUUGUCCAUCACGCGUUUGACUGCGUGGACCGUCAGAGUAUCGCGAACUCCAGUCCCUGGUACCAUGAGCUCCAGUAAGGGUGGAAGCUCACAGCCAAACAACCCACCCACGAAGAAGCGCAAGCUCGACAACAAUGGCAACAAGAGCGCAGCCAGACGAGUUGCGCGGGCCAUUCCUGCGCAGCUGCCCGAAGUUGCCUUUGAGAAUGGCGAGCUCAAUCUCCAGCCCUUUGUAGCGGCCCAUGAGUUCGAAAUACGCGCUCUCGAGCAGAGCAUGGCGAUUUCCAAGACGCAGGGCGCCACGCGAGCUUUCCAGAAAGUGCCACGGGGUCUGCGAAGACGAGCAGCCAGUCACAACCCUAAGCGCGUGCCCAAGAGGUUGAGAGCGAGGGCACAGAAGGAGAAGGCGGAGGACAACACACCACUGGUCACGGCCAGGAGGAGGAAACCGACGACGACGACGGCAAGGAUACGGAUGGAGACGGCGAAGAAACUUCGAACAUUGGCGUUUCGCAAGAAGACAUUUCGGGAGAAGCGAGCGAGGGCGGCUGGGGCCAGAGCAGAGACUCUGCCGGACAAAGCAAAGCAGCCCCAACGGGCGAGACGACCCAAGAUCCGACGCAAUGCUCUCAAUGAGCCACCACGACCGCGGGGCAGAUUUCGGAAACGGCAGAAAAACAAGAUUUGGCUCCCCACGCACAUGUGGCAUGCGAAGCGAGCGCGCAUGAUGAGCCCGAAGGAACCCCUCUGGCGAUUUGCGAUGCCCCUCAGGCCCAACGAGAAGAUAUACCGUCCCACUCAUCGCAUGCAGGGCGAUCGAGGGGCGGUCGUGUGGGACAUGAGCUACAUGAGUACAAUCGGCCUCUACGGCCACCCAGCCGGGAUGGAGCGGGUUCUGAAGCGUAUCGGUGUCACACACGACUCAUGCUGGAACGACAAGGGCAAGAAAUGGCGGGCUGGCACACGCAGCUGGUCCGGCAUGCUAAGUCGCGAGACCAAACAAGGCCGCAGGCAGUCGUGUCCCGCCACGAUCUUCUGGAACCCAGCGCCGGCUGAUCGCGUAGCGGUGGAAGACCUCAAGAAGGACAGACGUCAAGUGUUCCUCAGAGUUCACCCAGCCAGCUUCUCGGAAUUGUUCAAUGAGCUGCUACGAUGGUGCAAAUCAGAGACACCACAGCUAUAUAUCGAGGAUCUCCGCUUUGAGAUUGGGAGCAUCGAGCUGACGGGUCCGGCCUCGACAGAGGUGCUUCACUCGGUGCUUACUCCAUAUCCUGUGGCCGGCGAGCCUAAAUCGAAACACGCUGAGCUUUUCGCGUCCCUAAAAGGCCUAACGAACCCUGCGGCGUUGCCACAGAACGUCAUACUGGGAUUCUCGAUCCAAGAUCCACGCCUACGCUAUCCGCCUCGAAAGCAGUCCCCUGCUCAAGGUGAGGCUGCUGACAUGAAGCUCCUGGAGACGGUUUCGGGGUGGCCGGCGGAAACUGCUCUCAAACCGUACGCACUCCUCGACCGUGAGGCCCGGCAUGAAGCUUCCCAGUUGCCUACACAAGGGCUGGUCAAUCGUAGAAGGAGUAAAAUCACACCUGGUUCAUUCCUCAAGCCGUCGCCGAUCGACCCAGCUAUCCCCAUUGUGCUUCUAGCUUCCCGCUCGGGCUCUAGUACGCAGGCGCAAGGGAAGUGGACUCUUCUGGCGCCCUGGAAAUGCAUCCAACCGAUAUGGUACAGCAUUGUCCACUGUCCCUUGUCGACUGGCGGCAACCCCCGGUUUGCAGGUCUCGAGCAGACGCGCCAGGUUGCCUUUGAGCGUGGGCUCCCUUGGUUCCCGGCGGAUUUUCCCACCACAGAUGCUGGCGUUGCGUGGGAGCUGGAUCAGCGAGCAGUCCGCACUCUUAAAUGGUCCAGACGCCCCAAGAGCAAGCGCACAGAAUGGAGUACAGUUGAUCUGGGCGCUGGCAGGAAAGGUGAGCUCGGCGACGGGCUGGCCUGUGAUUUCGAGUACCUUUUCGGACUCCCACGGCCAGACGACGCGGAGACGCAGUCAACAGAGGGCGCCAUGGAUGUUGAACAGGGGCAAGUCUCACAGACCACGGCUACCUCGUCUUCGGCCUUGAGUGCCCUUCAUCACGUCAGCCGAAAAGCUUUCCUGGGACUGGCGCGGGCGGGAGAGGGUACUGCUCUCUCGAUACCUUUGAACGCGCUUCUGACUGUGCGCAUUCGACUAGUGACCCGAGGUACGGUUGGCCCUUGCGCGAGGAUCUAUCGCCUGCCCGCGACACCGCCGCCUGUGCCGGUAGCUUCCGACGCCGAGGUGCCAGCCACGAUACCUCCAUCAGCGUCGACUUCUUUCCCAUCUGCGUUACCCCAUGAUUUACGCGCGCAGUGGCUGGCCAAGCUGCCUGACAGUACCGCCGCGGGAGCCAAGGAUACCACACGGCAGCCUCGAGCAACCACUCCUGAGUCGCGCAGGCAGCGCAUUGUGAGAGAGCUCACAUCGAAGCCGACACCUUGGCCGUCUACGAAGUCAAACUUGAGGGAUAUUGGGGGCCAGCACCCCUUGUGCCCGAGCUCGAACGACCUCAUUGGGUUCGUGACGACAGGCGAGUUCUGUCUCAGCGACGGCAGAGGAUCGGCAAUUGGCAGUAUUGCUGUGGACAUGGUCUUGGGCGGAUUCAGAGCGGACGAGACAGAAGGCAGGCUGUGUAUUGUAAGAAGCGCGGGAGAAAACGUGGGCUGGCUUGCCCGAUGGGAAGCUGUGUGAUGCAGUCAGCGGAAGUAGACAAGAUGGCACAUGGAUGGGCCACAUUGGGGGAAUGCUACAAUACGUCAAUGAUACCAUUUGAGCUGCCUCGGUUCACAUGAGCAGCAUGCACACUGAGAUCACUGCCGCUACGUGACUAUGAUCGCCAAUGCGCAAGGGCGUGGAUGACUUGCGGUUCGCCACGCUUCUGCUAUAA